AUGCCAGUCUUCACAAGCGUCCAACGAGCCCUCCCACCACUCUCUCUCCCCUGGAAACGACGAACAAGUCUUAAAGGCAAAUCCCCCGAACCGGAAGUUCACCUCAACGAAAAGAAUCCCAUGCGGUCAGACUCCAACAUCCCCCACGACCAGAACACUGAACCCAUCUUCAUGCACCAUGACGUCCACGGACCCGUGCAGGUAGCGGUGAACACCCACCCAAACUACAACCCCUCCACCCCCCAAUCAGCACAAUCUGCAUCGGCAAAUCUCCCGGAUCCAGUGGCGGAUUCGACUUCCGAGAACCGGGUGCACUGUUCCAGCCAGACGCGUCCGACGCCGGCCCAGUUCGUUCGCGCUGUUAGUUGGGCGAGUAUUAUCCGCAGUCGGGAUCGGUGGACUGUCGAACAGGAGAGGGAGCUUAUGCAUGCGCAGAGACAGCUGGGGAGGUGUCAGAAGGCGUGGAGUUCUGAACAGGAAGUUUGGUUAUCGCAUGUCCAGGCUCUCAGCGAAGAAAAGGAUGCACAUGCUAGUUUCCUGUCUAUGCGGCAAAGACAGCAGGAUGAUGAACAGCAUCAUUUCCGUAAGGCGUGGAAGCGGCGACGAUCUUCGUCAGGUGACGAUGAGGUGCAGCAGUCUGCAAUCGAAACUGCGAAUCGAAUAGGGAAGUUGCGUCGCGUGCAGCGCCAUGGCUAUUCAGGGCAGCGGUUGGGCGCUGGAUCGGCGGUUUUGGCCGUGGAGGGAUGA